AUGAGGACAGAAGUUAAUCGAACUUCUCAGUGUUCCGGUGGUGUUCUCGUGCCCCAAACGGUUCGGUUUGUCCAUUCACUGUUUUCAGCGCAUUUCCAACCAUUCAGCAAAAGCCAACAACCCGUUCAAUUUGUCGGAGUUUCCAGAAAAGCGGCAAAGAGGCUUUUUUGUCGGAUUGCGCUUCUCCCGCUUUUGGCGGUAGAUCGCCUUUCAACGGUGAGUGCACACAAACUGUGGACCCUGCAGCUCCGCAUUGUUCGUCCCGCUCAUUUGUCGCCUUCACGUCUGCCUCUUUUCAUGCUUUUCCUCUUGUUUCACCAAUUUUUAAUCACUUCUACCAACAAGCCCAGCACACCGUCUUAUUGUAAUUUUUGAGCGCUUUAUACGCAAAGUUUGAUUUUCCUGGGCGAAUAUAUAAGCCUUCUGAGUUUUUGCUGUUGUUCAUCCAAUGACUUCUCACCUUUUUCUUUGGGAAAAUAAAAAAAUUCCGUUUUCUUUUCGCCUAUUUUUCCUUCUCAUAAAAACCUGUUUCGAUUAAAUUAAAAGAAAAAGUUUUAAAUUUUUAUCAUUUGCAAAAAAAUAUUUUUUUCAACAACCAACUUGAAAAAUCAUUGAAAAAAGCUCCUUCUCAAUCACUAUAAUUUUCACCAAAAAAUGUUUCUCGGCUUUUGAAAGCCUUUACAAUUUUUGAAAAAAACAGUAUCUCGAAUAACUCUGAAUUUCGAAUGAUCUUGAAUGAUAUUCUCAUUUUCCGAGAGGUAAAAGCCUUCUAAAAGUGUUUCAACUUCUGAUCAAGUUCCGAAGUUUUUUUCAAUCAAACUAUGAGUUUUUCUAAUAUUCAAAGAAUGAACUUAUUUUGAGCAGACUCCUAAACUUUUGAAACGGUAAAGUCAUGUUGGCAUUCCUGAGACUAUGAUUUCUGUCAAAUUUUUAUAAUUUUUUAAUCAGCUUAAAUUUUCAAAGGGAUACAGCUAUUGCAAUGACUAAAAUUUAUAAGACAAAAAAAAGAUAAGUUAUGAAUUUCGGGUUGAAACGGCGAAUUGUUUGCCGAAUGGGAGGCUGAGCAGUUGUCACACCUGACCGGCUUUUUCGGGAGCCGGGGGCUCUUGGAUCCGGAGACCAGCCACUUGAUAUUGACCCCUUCUCGCGCGAAAUUUUUCUCGCCUUUCCGAACCGAUCGGCAACUAUUUCGAUUUCCCGUUUCAGCAUGAGCCGGCUACUCGUCCCUUUUGUGUUCGCCGUUUUUGUUAACUCCAUUGCCGCCAAUCGAAUUCCGGUAAGAAUACAUUUCGAAAUUUUGGUUUUUUUUGAAGUUGUUUCAAGGCUGUUGAAUUCAAAAAUUAUCUUGAUAUAUUUUUUUAAGGUUUUUUUGGCGUCUAUAAUAUUGUUAGAAGUGUAUUUAUGAAAAAUUUGAAAAUUCCGCUAGAGCGAUUAUGAAAUAAACUAUAAAAAAAGGAAACUGGAAUAAUAAAAAAACAAAAAUCAAGUUCAACUUCAAUUCAAAUUUUGGCAGUAGUUCCGAAAAAAAAGGCAUAAUUCCUUCCGAAAUUUCUUCAUAGAAACAUAUUUCUCGUUUUGUGCAAAUCCACUUCAGACUGCUUCAACUCUAUUCAUCAAUCUUUCUGUCCUUUUCCAAUCAAUUCAACAAGUUCUGUUUUCAGAGAAGCACGGCCUUCAGCAACCUCUCUGAAGGAACUUCUAACAUUUUAGGAGGUUUCUUCUCUCAACAUUGAUCUUCACUAUCUCGAGUUUUCAGAUUUGAUCAACGCCAUCAACCCAGUCUACGUAGUGAUCAUCGGUUGGUCUUUCUCGAGACCACGGAAAAUUCAUCUUUUUUUCAGGAUGUCUGAUUGCCGCAGGGUGUGCUUUCGAAUUGGCUUAUGGCAGCAGACCAGCCAGAACGACAACUCAUGUUGCUAGCCGAAACGCUCCUUUUGCUUUGUCCACCGCCUGA